UCAGUGUCAGCUUGGGGCUUCUGCCCAGAGGAGCGCGCAUCUUUUCCUGUCCCUCCUCGUCUAUAAGGACAUGAUCCCCAGCAGAGGGAGGACAGUCAGAAUCAUCGUGCAGCAGUCUGGACCUGACCAUGACCGGGAUGUUUGGGAAGGUAAAGCCAUGUGCUGAGUGCAACCUGGUUCUGCUCGGAGCAAUGGGCUGUGGAAAAUCAGCUCUCACUGUGAAGUUUCUCACAAAGCGCUUCAUCAGUGAAUAUGAUCCUUAUCUUGAGGAUAUCUACUCGUCAGAUGAGCUUGUGGACCAGCAGCCUGUUACAGUUCGAGUGAUGGACACCAGUGACCAGGGGGGUCCAGUGAAUUGUGAGCGCUAUCUUUCGUGGGCCAAUGCCUUCCUGGUGGUCUACAGCAUCAACGACAUGGAGAGCUUUAAAGGCUGCCAGCUGUACCUGCAGACUCUCUCCAUGCAUAAGAACACCUUCAGGUCCCAGACUCCCAUCAUCCUGGUGGGCAACAAGCUGGAUAUGGACAGAUACAGGCAGGUGAGUCAGAAUGAUGGUGAGGCUGUGGCGAUUCGCUUCGACUGCUCCUUCUUCGAGGUGUCUGCCUGUUGGGACUUCCUCUCUGUACAGCACAUCUUCCAUGAGGCAGUCCGGAGGGCCAAGCGAGGUGGCGAGCACAGCAACUUGCUCAGUGCUGCCUAUGUCAGCGAGGACAAAGCUCUGCUGGGUGUCCACUCCUUCUCCACUCUAUGCUACAAGGAGCUGCCGGCGCCUGCCACCGCCAAGCUGGUCACGGUGAAGACAUCCAGAGCCCAGAGCAAACGGAGGGCCGCCACACUCACCCUGCUCAAGGGCUUUAAGAUCUUCUGACAAGUCUGCCAUCCAACUGUGACUUUAGAUGACUUUCAGACUGGCAGCUCGAUGCAACACAGCAGAGAACAGAGCAGGAAGAAGAGCUGGUAUAAUAGGCUAAUAGGGUAUAUUUUUCCUUUGUAAGGAAAUCAAAGAUUCUGGUUCAUAAAAGCCUUAUUCCUGGUUUGGAUCUGAACUUUGAACAACUUCUGCUGGGUUGUACUUCUCCUAAAUGUUCUAGCUGUGUGCUUCAGUUGUUUGUGUCUGAUUCUGAUUUACCCCGGGCUUUUUGUCUCACCCUUCAAUCCCAACAGGUGGCAGACUAGAAAUCCCUCAAAGGAAUUAGUCAUCACAUCCUGUAGACGGCUGUGUAAGAUGUAAAGUCAUCCUCGCUCCUGUCAGACUGCACCAUGGCAACUGUAGCUACAAUGUAGCUCACCGCCAUCAGUGUGUAGAUGUGUGUGUGAAUGGGUUUAUGACUCAAUGUAAUGUGUAGCGAUCUGGGAUCUUCUCGACUAGAUAAAGCUCUAUACAAGUACAGGCCAUUUACCAUGGUACAAAGGAAACACACCAUCCCUUAAUGCUAAGGUUUAUCACAGCAAAAUAAAAUGACCUGGUUUUCAGCAGGUUCCAAAAUGACUUACAUUGUGCAGAAACAAAAAUUUUGCACUGUCAUCAGUUUGGGAACAAAGAUGAAGCUGUUCACUUAAGAACCAAGUGAUCAGUUUUAGCUUCUUCUGAGGUUUAAGAAGAAAGCAGCUGACAGAUCACAUUAUUGAACCAUAAACAGGUUCAACUACAACUAUAACUGCAGGAAUUUGGCUGUUUGGAGUUCAGGAACAUGCAGGCGUGUGGCAAAGCAGCGCCAAGUGGGAAGGCAUCAGUACUGACCUUAGAGGAUAUUUCUGCUGCCUAAGAACCUCCUGAAAUGUGUGACCAGAGCACACAGAAGUGUACUUUUUAGCAAUACUUUCACUCAUUACAUUGUUUCAAAAACCAUUUGUUAUUAAUUGUAAUAAUACUGUAUUAUAUAUUGCAACUACAUACUUUCAAGAAAAAUGUUUUUUUUUUUCACCAUGUGCCAUAUUUAUUUGCUCUCUGUAACACAAAUGUUGAUUUUUAGACCUCUAGAGUUUUCUCUGGAAUGUUACUUUUAUUUUGAUACCAGAAGUAGUCAAAUACACCUUGUAGUUCCUGAGAUA